AUGGCGCAACAACCGCAAUCGCACCAUGCUGGUAUUCCCAAAGACGACAAGGUGUUUCCACCUGCAUGGAAGUUGGAUUAUCCACAAACUUACACCAAUGCUCCUCAACAACAUCAACAACAUGCCGAUUUUCAAGAUUAUUAUGAUACCGGAGGCUUUCGUGUGAGGCAACAUGGACCACCAUCAUACAUCCAACAACAUCAGCAUCAUCCUCAUUAUCAGCAAAUGCCUGCACAACCACCGGCACCAAUGGCACAAGCCAAUUCAAACACUACGGCAGCUGCAGCAGCUGUUGCAGCACAAUAUUACUACCCACAAGCCGCAGCUGCUUAUUCUCACGCCUACUUGCCGCAACAACAGCAACAGCAACAACAACAACCUUCAAUGUUGGAUACAACACAACAGCAGCAAGCACCUCCACCACCACCAACAUCUAUGGCAGGCCUUGCUGCAGCAUCCAGUAGACCUGUGAGAAAGAGAAGACGUCCACCACAUUCAUAUGCUUCAUUGAUUGCACAAGCUAUCCUAACUUCACCCGAACAAAGACUCACACUCAGGGAAAUCUAUGAGUGGAUUCAAACAAGGUACCCAAAUCUGUAUGAAGCUAAUGAAACGGGAUGGCAGAAUACCAUUCGGCAUAAUUUGUCAUUGAAUCGUUGCUUUAUGAAGCUGCCUCGAGUACAACAAGAUGGCACACGUAGUAAAGGAAGCAAAGGUGGCUAUUGGGCUGUUGACAUUGACAAGCUGAGCCAUACCAACUUUGGUCGUCAAAUCAUUGACUCUGGAUUUCUUGGUAAUCUUGAAUACUGGCAACAGCAACAAUGGAUGGAGGAGCGACGUCAACAGCAAAAGUAUUUGGAUUUUGAUCUUGAUAAUCUUGUGGAGCAGCAGGUUGCUCCACCUCCUGCUGAUACGACGAGUAAUGCUGCUUCCACCAACACUGCCAACAAUACGACCGCUAAUAGGGCUGCUGCUACUACUACUACUAGUGCCAUUCCAAACGGAGGAGUCGUAGGCCAACCACCACAACACAAUAAUCGACGCGAUGUAUCCAUGUCACCUGAAUCAUCAACCACAAGCAGCAUGAGCACACCCAUGCUAUCCACGAACCCUUCAUCACACCACCAUCAACAUCCUCAUCUCAAGUUUGAUCUCAAUGAUAGCCCACUCAACAUGAACCCAUCCUUAAUGCGCGUUAAUAAUAUCAUUAAUUAG